AUGGACGAACAGUGCGAGUCUGCUGACGAAUCCGCCGCGGAUGAUGAUCGUAACGAUGCAUCUGUAAUUCUGCCUCCGGAGCAGAUGCAGUUGGAUGCUGACUUGAAACAAGAAAUGGAGAUGGACAGAGAGCUAUGGAACAAGCAUAUUGGCACCGCCUUUGGCCUCGACCUGGACAAGUUGCCGAGGCGAUGGCUUCCUCCGGGCAACGUCAUGGACCUCUACCGGCACUAUGCCAUCAGUGUUCAUGAACAGCAGAGAGCCACGUACAAUUUGUUCCUAGCAAGAUUUCAGCAGAAGUGGGCCACCAAGCUCGUUUUCCGCAGCACAACCGACUUUGCAGAGUGUGAUCGAUGCUUCACCCUCAAAGAGGGUAUUCGGCAGGCAAAAGAUUUGGACACAAAGAUGAGUUUCGUUUACGAAUACAAGAAUCACCUGCAGGAUGUGCAAAAGGACAGGAGCCUCGAGCAGAUGUUGCAAUCCGAAGAUUGUUUCCUGGGAAACAACACACCGGUGCUACUGGUCCAGACUGAUGGCAUGGAUCAAGCAAAAUGGUCCGUUCCAAGACUUUGGGAUCGACCCAGCAAGGAGAUGGGCUCUGUGGUGAGGCCCCGGAUGAAGGUCCAAGGUGUUUGGAUCCAGAGUGUUUGCUUGCUGCUUUGGGUGGCAGAUGUCCAUAUCGCCCAUGACAGCUCUAUGACGGUGGAAGUGAACUGUCCCAUGAGUCAAGAUUCCAUGUCGGAUUGCUUGUGUUGA